GAAGCGGUGAAGAAUUUAGUGGUUUACCAAUUGUGGGCUAUGCAUCGAAACUUUUACGGUACUGCUGGUAUUUUGGUGCUAUUCUUAGUAUUUUCAAGCGGUGAAAACCUUCAGAUUUCAAAAGCGAAUUUGCGCGAAUUUGUGACAAAGUUAUGGAAGAUCGAACACACAAAAUCCGGUUCAACGAAGGAUUAUUCCUUGAAUUUUCAAGGUAGUCAAGUGUUUUGCUGUACUGAGCUUCAAGAGUAUAGGUCCAAUGAAAAACAGCAAUCCGCAAGCUGAUGAAGCGCCACAUCCAUUAUUCGCAGAGGUUAAUCUGCCUGCCCUCAUAAGCAGGAUACGAACAAUACCUGCGUUUACGAAACUCCUGGACAACUACGUGGCAUCAGUUGGUGUGCCGGAGACGAGGACAUCGGAACAUGAAGAGGAAAUUCGGUCAUUUUUGACUGAAAUCAUGAAGACGGAUAUUUUAAAGGAAACUCGGAAAUUUCUCAAACAAGAAGGAAUGAGGUUUAUAAGUGAAGCCGAUUUUUUCCAUUUCCUCGAACAGCUGUGGUUUGCGCCAUAUAAAAGAAAAAGGCAUAACGAUUCCUCUGCAUUCGAACAUGUCUUCGUGGGCGAGAAAAAGGGUUCUGAAGUUUCCGGGUUUCAUAACUGGAUUCAGUUUUUACGCCUGGAGAGUUCUGGGGUUUUGGAUUAUCAGGGAUACUUUGCAAAACAAUGCGGUGACCCACCUCGAAUUGUUACUUUGGCGUUCCGCAUGAAAGAUGGAUCAACGAAGCCUCGUGGUAGCAUGUUUUUGGGUACCUCACCGGAAUUCGAGAUGGCACUCUACACAGUCAUCUUUCUCAGUGGGCACAACCAUGUCAAUGUUCGACUGGAUUCCUGUAAAGCGGUUGUGACUUGCCAUCCCAUCCACGGCGGCAGCUAUAUCGGUACUUGCUACAUAAGAUAAAAGGAAAUUAAUCACCUCUGCAGCUUUGCCUGAAGCUUCCAGUUCAAAUGUGGAAGUGAACUUAGUUGCUUCUCUUCUUGCGUUAUCCUUGGUGUUCGGUAUCGUUAAUUCAUAAUGUUCA